AUGCAUCACAAAUCCAAGAAGCUCUGUCUGCAAGGCUGGCAGGGUGUUAACUGUGAAGAGGCAAUUUGCAAACCAGGCUGUGACCCGACACAUGGGAAAUGCGAUCGACCUGGUGAAUGCGAAUGUCGGCCAGGUUGGCGUGGCCCACUGUGCAACGAAUGCAACGUAUAUCCUGGCUGCAAGCAUGGAUCGUGCAAUGGCGUUGCCUGGAAAUGUGUCUGUGACACAAACUGGGGAGGCAUAUUAUGUGAUCAAGAUUUAAAUUACUGUGGCACUCAUGAACCCUGCAUGCAUGGCGGUACCUGUGAGAACACUGCACCUGAUCAAUAUCGUUGCACUUGCGCAGAGGGGCUCUCGGGCGAACGUUGCCAAAUUGUGGAGCAUCCAUGCGCAACGCAACCAUGCAAAAAUGGUGGCACUUGCACAUUAAAAAUGAGUAAACCGAAAACGAAUACAAAGAAAAAAUCAGAAAAGGCAGAAUUUUAAGAUCAAAACAUCUUUGAGGUAGCGAAAUGAAUGUAUGCAGUAUCCUUGACUGCAUCCGUGAUUUGCUGCAAGUCAAUUAAGCCUAUAAAUAAAUUAUUAAAUUAUCUUUUACGGUGCUUUUAAUAAUCAUAAACAACAAUUUACACACGUUAACUUACAUUCCAUUCUCGCACUUGCAUAAAUCUUUAUUAGCCUUUAAUAUGAGUUUUAUGCUUAAUGCAAUGCAUACCACUCGAUCCUAAUACUCGAAUUCUCUCCAGCGUUUCAUAAUUCAUAUCUCAAAUUAAAAAUUACUUUCUUACUGUUGCGAAUAGGAAUCGGCGAUGCUGAACAUAACUGCAAUGCCGACAUAUCGUUCCAUGCGUGGUAUGAGUUCCGCCAUGGGUAAACCGGUUAGCCGCCGCAGCUCACUAUUGGGUCUAGCAGGACUUGCUGCAACUAACACGGCCACGACAAAAACACUAACUCUGAGUAACGAGCUGCAGCCUCGAAACGGCACGAGCGCUACUCUGAAUGCUGCACUUGCUGCAGUGAAAUUGAUACCAAACGUUGCAGGCAGCAAUCCGUCCUCCGCAUCAGCCUUAAUGCAGUUGCAGCAGCAAAUGCAUCACCAUCACCACGCCGACUACACUUGCGCCUGCGCGCCCGGUUGGACUGGUCCGUCAUGUGAAAUAAAUAUCGACGAAUCUGCUGGCGGUCUCGGCGAACACGGUGGCACUUACAUUGAUCUAAUCGACGCUUUCCGCUGCGUCUGUCCUCCAUAGUGGAACGGUGAUGUGCGUCAAUUGGAUGUAAAUGAAUGCGAAUGCGUUCGCGGUUCACAUUGCUCAGGCAACAACAACAACCUUGUCUUUGACUUUCUCAACUGCCUUAACUGCUGCAUCAUCAUUAUCCACGAAAACAUCCACUUCAGUAUCUUCAUCAUCGCCUUCAUCAGCAGCAGCCUUAACAUCAAAGUGAGCAAUAGCAACUUGCUUUACACAACUAUAAUAACAACGACAACAAAAACCUAUAUCCUUACUUUAAUGCUCACAACAUACAAAUCUGUUUGGCUUGUUUGGCUUGUUCUCAUGCAUCUGCAUAGAUGGCUGGGGUGGUCCUAUUGCUCCAAAAAUUUGUUUGAUUGCGUGGGACAGUUUAGGAAUCACGCUGUUUGUAUUAA